AGUAAUUCCAGUCCGCUCUUUACUCGAUUGACAGUCUUCAAAAAUCCUCUUGUAGUUGUUUAACAACUCAUACUCACCUACUCCAAAUCCUUAUAAUCCAUAAUACCCACCUCAAUAGCCUUGAUCUGCAGCGCCAGCAUCUCCAAGUAAUACCUGCACAGCGCGAAAUUGCCUCCGGCGAAUUCGGCGCCCAUGAUUUUCUUGGCCGUCCACAGCAUGCUGCUGCUAUACCCGGUCGCGAAUACGAUCUCGUCUACCGGCAGCUCGGCCCUGGUGCUCGGGACCAAGCGACCGCGCCCCGCUGCACGAGCGUCAUGCUGUGUCCCCGCUCCAAGACGUCCUGCGCGAUGUCGUGCCCCGAGACACCGCUGCCCACUACCACCGCUCGCCGUUAACUCCUGUCGCUUGGAUUAUAUGGCGGGGCCUAAGCAAGCGGGUUUCGGUUGUGCCGUCUGUUGAGCCGCAGCGUUCGACUGUUACCUACGUCCCACAACUUAUUACGGCUGCACCAGCAGUCGCCCGCCUUAGGGUGCUGAUCUAUGACCAAGCAUAAAAUCCCCAACUCAGCGAGGCGAGCAGCAGCAGAAAGACCGGCUUAACCAGCCCCUAAUACGGUAAUACUUUAUUCUC